CUCCAUUUUAUCUGGUUGAGCCUUCUUUCUGCGGCGGAGUGACUUCUCUUGUUCCCUCGCAGAUCUUUGGCCGACUCAGCCGGUUAAAGUGAUCUCUUGCUGGCGAUGCGUCUGUGAGAGUCGUGUUUACAUUUUUUCCUCCUCCGUUUCGUUUUCCACCUGCAGGCCGCCGUCAGCGGAGGGUAACAGGAGGCUGCGGCCGUACACGAGCAUCACUGGGCGGCGUCAGACACGGAGAACCGGCCCGCGUUUAACGGCGUCUGUCUGUGAACUUGACUUUGAAGAAGCACUGCCUGUCCGCCAGCUUUAGGUCCGAGACAUGAGCGGAAGAGUUGGAGACCUCAGUCCUAAGCAGGCUGAGGCGCUGGAACAAUUUCGAUCGAAGGUACAAGACAUUCUUCCUCAACUUCCUGCACAGCAUGACCACUUCCUGUUGCGCUGGCUCCGAGCGAGGAACUUCAAUGUGCAGAAGUCUGAGGCCAUGCUGCGAAAGCACCUGGAGUUCAGGAAACACAUGAAAGUAGACGCAAUAAUCACCGACUGGCAACCACCUGAGGUGAUAGAGAAGUAUCUCUCAGGAGGAAUGUGUGGCUACGACCGCGAAGGCAGCCCCGUCUGGUACGACGUGAUUGGACCCGUGGACCCCAAAGGACUCUUCCUGUCUGCGUCCAAGCAGGACUUCAUCAAGUCCAAGAUCAGAGACUGCGAGAUGCUGCAGAAGGAAUGCAACCUGCAGUCGGAGAGACUGGGCAGGAAUGUCGAGUCAAUCACGAUGAUCUACGAUGUUGAAGGUCUGGGACUGAAGCACUUAUGGAAACCUGCAAUAGAAACAUAUGGAGAGAUCCUCCAGAUGUUUGAAGAUAAUUACCCAGAAGGCCUGAAGAGGCUGUUUGUUAUUAAGGCUCCUAAACUCUUUCCUGUGGCCUAUAACCUCAUCAAGCACCUUCUGAGUGAAAUCACGCGGCAAAAGAUCUACAUCCUGGGUGGAAACUGGCAGGAGGUUUUACUGAAGUACAUCGAUGCAGAAGAGCUGCCGGCCAUUUAUGGAGGGACGGCGACGGAUCCUGAUGGAGAUCCUCGCUGUCGGACCAGGAUAAACCAUGUCGGACCAGUUCCUCCUUCCUACUACGUGCGGGAUCACGUCAAAGUGGAUUACGAAAACUGCCUGACCGUCAAUCGAGGUUCUUCCCAACAGCUGGACUUUGAGGUCUUGUUCCCAGGCUGCGUCCUCCGGUGGCAGUUCGCCUGCGAGGGCGCAGACAUCGGCUUUGGGGUGUUUCUAAAAACGAGAAAGGGUGAGUGGAAGAAAGCGUCUGAAAUGCAGGAAGUGAUUCCCAGCCAGCGGUACAACGCUCACCUGGUUCCUGAGGACGGGUCGCUGACCUGUGAGCUUCCAGGAGUCUAUGUGCUGAGGUUUGACAACACGUACAGCAUCUUCCAGGCCAAACGGGUCAGCUACACGGUGGAGAUUCUGCUGCCGGACCAGCUCCAGUCCAAGCAGGAAGCCCAGCCCAACGGGACCAGCAACCAAGACGCACAGACUCGGCUCUGAAGAUGAGUUCAGGAUGGAUUAAACGAUGAAACAAGCACAGCCUGAUGUACUUGAUGUAAAUAGAACCAUGCUGCUCUCGCGGUUUUAGCUAGAAGUCCAGUUUAACGCUACGGCUCGGUACUUAACUCUGUUUCAAAUGUUUUGUUCAACCAAAAAUUAAAAAUGACCUCAAGUUAUCAGGUUUUUUUCUCCCUCCAUUAUUUAAAAAAAAAGGCAAAAAUGAAUCAUUAAGUCUGACUAUGAGGAGUAACAGUGGG